AUGAAAGUUCUUCUGUUGGCUGUCUGCUUGUUACCAGCUGCAAAUGCAUUCUUAUUUGGUCUCGGCACUGGUUGCUGCUGUGGCUGUGGAAUUCCACAACCAGCAAGUUGCGGAUGCCCAGUUAGGUGCCCAGCUCCAGCUCCAUGCCCACCACCAAUUUGCCCAAUCUGUCAAGUAUGCCCACCACCACCAGUUUGUCCACCAGCACCGGUAGCUGUCUGCCCUCAACCUGAGCCUGUAUAUUAUGCUCAACCAUGCAGUCAACCACCGUGUCCACAACAGCAGUCAAGCUACAUUUAUGGCGGUGCCGGAAACAGCUAUGCUACAGUCCCACAAACCUAUCCACAGCCGCCACAACCUCAGUAUCCACCACAGCAAGCUCCAGCACCACAAGCUCAGUACGAUGUUGGACCAGCACCAGAACCACAAUACUCACUGAACAACGCUAAUCCCUUCAUUCAACCAGAUGCUGAUAUCCCACAAGGAGUUGCCAACGGUCAAACACCUCAGCACAUUAUUGCCGAAGUUUAUGAUCGUCCUGCUGAGGCUGGCAAUACAGCUACUCAAGUUCUUACUGUUAAAGCCGCAAAAGUUGAUGAAGCUCAAAGAAAAAUUCGUAAUGUUGCUACUGCUGAUGAUCCAAAAUGUAACAGCAAGGCACUCAAGAGCCUGAUUGUUAAGAAUAUCGUUGCUGAAGAUGCUGUAGCUUCAAAACGUGCUAUCCAUAAGGCAGCCAUUGAAGAAAUCACCGACAGUGUUGUUGAUAUCAUCUGUUCUGAUGCCGGCUUCACAUAUAUUGUUAGCACAGCUGAACACUGUGAAGCUCAACGUGACAAAGUCAUCUGCUUCGUCUACAAGAAACCAUAG